ACCUGGUUUGUGGACAAUGUGUGCAAAUGUGCGCCCAAUUAUCAAUACAGUGCGUCCACCCAAUCGUGUGAUUCAAAAAAUUCUUAUUCAAACAUUACAUGUCAGCAAUUUGACCAUGUGAGUAUUUGUGUUGAAUACACAUGUCGGUGCAGUACUUACUACCUGGUUUUGAGCCCAAUCUACACAACGACGAGAAAUGUAUGAAAAUCAAUCCCAAGUGCGAUGUGGACAGUGACUGCAAUGAGUACCCUAACCACCGGUGCAUUCAUGGCAACUGCCGGUGCGAUGUCAACUACAAGCCCAACCCAAUCACCUCUGUUUGCGAGAUGUUUACGUGCACUGCAGACAAAGAGUGUCAAAUGUUUUACGAUAUGGACCGCCGGUGCGAUCAAACUAGUGGUAAAUGUGUAUGCGAUAGGGAUUCGUACGAAAACCAGAAAAACGGCCGAAAAUCUGAACCCAGGGGUACGGGUGCCAUGAAGCAUGGCUUCAGUAGAGACACAUCAAGCUUACCAAUAACCAAGGGCAUCACUUAA